UACACUGAACCCAGCCAAAGGGGGAAAUGCUCACUUUCGCUUUCAGCUCUGCCUUUCUGCUGCUGAAAGCAGUGAAGAAGCAGCUGCAAACCAGUUGGGAUCUGCAGGAGAUCAUCAUCGGCCAUGACAGUUAUCUGUGGCCUUCUGACCCAGUCGAAGCAACCAGUGCCUUUAAAAAGUAUCUCUGUGGAUGUGUUGGUUCAGGGCUUCAUAGCCGAUGUGGUGUCUGAGCUUCAGUACAAGAAUGAGGAGAAGAACCCAGUGGAGGCUGUCUUUGUCUUUCCUCUGGAAGAUGAAGCUGCCGUAUAUGCUUUUGAGGGUGUGAUUGGAGGGACACGCAUUGAGGCCCAGAUCCGAGAGAAGAAGCAGGCAGAGCAAGAGUAUGAGGAUGCCGUGACCGAAGGCCGUGAGGCUUUCCUACUCGAAAGGGAAGAAAACACCAGUGACAUUUUCACCAUCAGUUUGGGGAAUCUUCCUCCUGAAGGGGAGGCCACACUGAAGCUGCGCUAUGUCCAAGCUUUAGCUCCAGAGCCUGAUGGAGCCAUCCGUUUUGUCCUGCCUGCUGUUCUGAACCCUCGCUAUGUGCCACGAGGAUCAGAAGGAGACAGUGUAACCAAGUCUGUACCACGGAUGCCCAAAGGACAACUUCCCUACACACUUAGUCUGAAUGCCACUGUAGAGUCCACUUAUGGCAUCAACCGUGUAGAAUCAAAAUGCACCCUUGACCCACUCCGCUACAUACUAGAGGACCGGACCAGUGCCCAGGUCUCCUUGGCUGAAGGGCAUCAGUUUGACCGAGAUGUGGAGCUCCUGAUUUAUUAUGAGGAUGUUCACAAGCCCAGUGCCUUCCUUGAAGCAGGAAAGGCCGGAGUUGCCCCUGGUUCGCUGAUGGGUGACCCAGCACUUUUGCUUACCUUGUAUCCCAAUGUCACAACCACGAAGACAGGUCAGAAUGCUACUGGGGAAUUCAUCUUCCUGUUGGAUCGUUCUGGCAGUAUGGAUUGCAAUACUGGACAUAGUCCUGAUUCGCCACCACGCAUCCAGAGUGCUAAGGAGACCCUGAUCCUCCUUCUGAAAAGUCUGCCUUUGGGAUGUUACUUCAACAUCUAUGGUUUUGGAUCAGACCAUGAUUCAUUCUACCCGCAAAGUGUCGAAUAUACCCAGCAGACCAUGACGGAGUCCCUAGAGCGUGUCAAGAAGCUGAAGGCUGAUUUGGGUGGGACAGAGAUCUUACAGCCUCUGAAGGCUAUUUAUGGCCAAUCCUGCCGUGAAGGACAUCCUCGGCAGCUUUUUUUGUUUACUGAUGGUGAGGUCCACAAUACAAAUGAGGUCGUAGCUGAAGUUAAACGUCACAGCGACUCCCACAGGUGCUUCUCUUUUGGGAUUGGCGAAGGAGCCUCCACUGCCCUCAUAAAAGGAGUGGCUCGAGCAGCCGGUGGAAGUGCAGAGUUCAUCACAGGCAAGGAGCGCAUGCAAGCCAAGGCAAUGCAGUCAUUGAAGAAAGCCCUUCAGCCAGCAGUGACAAAGAUUUCUCUCAAUUGGGACUUGCCUUCUGGUCUCGAGGCUGUGCUUGUCGGAUCUGGCCCUCAGGUCAUUUUCCAGGGACAGCGGUGCCUCAUCUAUGCUCAGAUUCGUGGACAGCAUCAGUCUUCACACUCCACAGAGGGUACUGCUGUCCUUCAUUACACCUUCCAAGAUCAGACUUUCAUGGAGAAGGCAACAUUCUCAGUUCACGCUUUGGAAAAGGAUAGGCUCCCUAUUCACCGACUGGCUGCUCAGACUCUGUUGCAGGAACUAGAGGGAGCUGGGGAGUUGGAGGAGGAAAAGAAACGCCUGGCCCUGGAGACAAGCCUAAAUUCUGGGGUGGUGUGUUCACAGACAGCCUAUGUUGGUGUCAACACAGAGCUGGGCAAACCGAUUCAAGGGCCUCUCAUCCAUCGAAAUAUACCACUAUCAAUGGGAUAUGGAGGUUUUUAUUCUGCACUACCGGGUGCUCUAGCGUGCCCUCCAAUGAUGGCAAUGUGUCCAAUGUCAGCAGUACAGCUCGGGCCUAGCAAAGGCCUAGCACUGUGCAGGAAACGCAGGUCACCAACUCCUAAGAAUCAGCUUUUAAUGAUGCUAAGCCAUGGUGCAGAUUUAUCAAGCAACACUGGACAGCCGCAGCAGGAUGGUGGAGCAAUAGAAAAAGAAUCACCACUCUUGAACAUGGUCUCGCUGCAGAACGCCGAUGGGUCUUGGUGCCUUGAUUCUGGAUUAGCCCACAUUCUAGGCCAGAGUGAGACCGCACUGAAAAAAAUACCUUCUCAGGUGUCUCCUAAUGUGUGGGCAACGGUGCUGGCCCUCCUGUGGCUCCAUUCCAAGGCUUUGGAGCAGAGGGAUGAGUGGGAACUACUGGAAGCAAAAGCACUCAGCUGGCUGCAGGCGACUUCAGGGCCUCAUUUGGGUGAAUGUAUAAAGGCUGGCAAUGCUCUUCUGGGAACCAGUGUCGGCCCCCAGGUGUUUGGGCUCUGAAGCUGC